AUGAACUUCCCACCGCAAGCGGGAGAGAACACCGGCAUCGACACGCGAAGCUUGAGGCAGCGGCGAGAUGACUUCGUUGACUACGACAAGCACCUCAAGAGGCGCGAAGAGCUAAAACAAAAAAUCUCACGCCCAUACUUUCGGGACUGGACCAACAUGCAGUACCACAAGGGCAAGACGUUCCUCUCACCUCCGCGGCUGUUCAAGGCAGACCUAUCGCACUACUUCCCCAAUCUUUUUGGUCAGACACUUUUGAAGAAGGACCACAGCCCCCGCGAUACUACGCCCGUGCUCGAAGGAAAGGCUUCCGUGGUCACGCUAUUUAGCAGUGCCUGGGCUGAGAAUCAGGUGCAGUCCUUUGUCUCCAAAAAGGCGAAUCCCGCGUUGCACGAGCUUCUUGGCAAGAACAGUGGCAAGGCCCAGAUGGUGCAGAUCAACGUCGAGGAUAAUUCGCUCAAGUAUUGGAUCAUUCGAUUGUUCAUGGGCUCGCUGAGGAAACGAGUUGGCAAGGACAAUUGGGGCAGAUACUUUAUCGUCAGGCGGGGCAUCUCGGAUGAGAUCCGAGAACAUAUUGGUCUGCUGAAUAGCAAAGUUGGCUAUACGUAUCUUGUGGACAGCAAUUGCAGGAUAAGAUGGGCAGGCAGUGGUCCUAGUGAGCCCGAGGAGAGGGAAGGUCUGGUCAAGGGCGUCCAAAGACUGCUGGAUGAAAUGAACAAGGAGGCCGCUCAGAAGAAGCCCACGGAAGAGGCUUGA